AGAGCCUAUGGGCUAAUGAACGGGAUUUCCCCAAAUCCGUUGCCUCUGAUCAUACAGUUCUGAGGUGAUAGUCUCGCAUUGCUUGGAGAAAAGACACCACUGGCAGUGGUGCGUUAGCUUUAACUCGUAAAUCCUCCCUCUCGGUCAAGUUUCUUCCUAGCCCAGCUCAGUCGACAAUUCCUCAUUGACCUCGGCCCCAUGCCUUGAAUCCCAACGCAAUCGUCAUCAUGUUUUUCUUCUCUAGAGUGCUCCCGAUGGGGCCUUUGAUUUGGCAGGCUGUUUUGGACAUAUGCAGACCGCGAUUCUUGCCAUUCCAACGCUUGAUGCAUGGAUUGACUGCGACCGGUGGCCGUCUUCCUUAUCACGACGAAGCCCAUCCUCAGUCAUCUUACACGGACACCCAACACCACGUAAUUACCACCAAACAUCGCCCCAUCAUCCAGCAAUCGAACAAUCAAAAGCUCAUUAUGAUUGGUAUCUUUGCCGAGGUCUAUUUGGUGGAUGGUACAAUCAUCCGAAAAGCACCUCGGAGUGGAAGUGAAGAGGAUUUGCAACCGAUUAUCCGCGAGGCAACUAUUUAUAACCUUUUGGAUGACCACCCUCGCAUUGCCCAGUGCACCUCCCGAGGAAGGAUGGACUACAUUGACAUCAAAUACUAUUCGCAUGGUGAUCUCGCCAGUUUCUGUCAGACAAAUGAAGUUACCCCUGAACUAAAGUCAAAGUUGUUCCAACAACUGAUAGAGGCAGUGGCGGUUAUUCAUUCCUAUGACAUUAUUCAUUCUGAUCUUGCACUACGGCAGUUUUUUGUUGACAAUGAUUUUAACAUACGCUUAGGCGAUUUCAACUCGUCCCAGUAUCCUGGACAUCCCGCCCUUGGGUACGAAAAGGCGACGCACUGCUUGCCCAGGGAUUACGAGCUGCCUAACACGGUACUAUCCGAUCUUUUUGCCCUGGGUUCCACCCUAUACGAGCUUUUGACUGGCAAGCCUCCAUACAGUAACCUGUACCCCGUGGAGUCUGAGGAUACCGUUCGAUCUGGUGAUCCCGAUGUCAUACGUGCACGAUUUCAGCGAGAACACCUUGCAAAUCUUGAAGUUGAGCAACGGUACAAAAAUCAUGAAUUUCCCGAUGUAUGUCACCUGUUCCGCGGUGAUAUUAUAUUAGGACUCUGGAAUGGGAAGAUUACUUCAGCAGCAGAAGCAGUCACGUUGUCCACACAUAGCCCAUAUUAA